AUGGAAAUGAAAGACAGCGUCAGAAGCGUUAAAAAAACAAAUAAAGUUGAACAGCGAAAAGCACCUGCUUCCCGUUCAAAACAGCCUAUUUUGCCCAAAAUUCUUCACCCACCAAUUAGUUCAACGGUAAUUGGCAUUAUCCGCAAAUCGUUUUAUACACAGAGAUUAUCUGAUGUAGAUUACUCGCUUGUUUUUAUACAAUCUAUCUAUCUAUCUAUCUAUCUAUCUAUCUAUCUAUCUAUCUAUCUAUCUAUCUAUCUAUCUCAGCUUCAUUAUCUAUCUAUCUAUCUAUCAUUGCACAUUGAUAUACAUAACUUUACAGAUGGGCACCUCAUACUUUUUAUAUUUAUCCAUUUAAUACUGUUUCUAUCUAUCUAUCUAUCUAUCUAUCUAUCUAUCUAUCUAUCUAUGCACAUCGACAUAUAUGUUUACACAUAUCAGUGUUUUCAUGUGUCUUUUCUAUCUAUCUAUCUAUCUAUCUAUCUAUCUACUUUUAUUCAUCUACAUAUAUAA